UUGCGAAAGGCUAUUUAAUCACUGAACCCGAGGCCGCAGUUGAUAUUUCCCCGACCGGACACUCUUUUCACACUCUUUCUCAUUUCCACAGGGAGAAGGCGCGUACAGGGAUCUGAGCUGACCUGACCCCCUUCCAGAGGACUUGGCAGCAGGAAAGUGAGUCCGAACACUACUUCGGGACAUAACUGAUGGUGCUCACCAUGAAUAUCCUGAAUGCAGAAUAACCCCAGAGGACCGAUGGCAUUCCUUAUCACUGUGAGGAUUUUCUUCAGAGCCCAGCCCUUUCGAUCCCCGUGGACAAGUAGGCCGUCCUUCCGAGCGUUCCACAGAGAUUCCAGACGACUGGCUCCGCAGAAUUUCUCAGAUUACGAAUCUUUGAAGCCAUUCGAACCAGAGUUGCCGGAGUAUUUCAAUUUUGCAAGAGAUGUGCUGGAUCAGUGGACUUUAAAGGAAAAGGCUGGAAAGAGGCCCUCGAACCCAGCUUUCUGGUGGAUAAAUGGCAGUGGAGAUGAAGUGAGGUGGAGCUUCGAGGAACUGGGGUCUCUGUCGAAGAAAGUGGCCAAUGUCCUCUCUCGAGUCUGUGGCUUGCAGAAGGGAGACAGGGUCCUUUUGAUUUUACCCCGAAUUCCAGAAUGGUGGCUGGUAAACAUCGCUUGUAUACGAACGGGAACUGUGGUCAUCCCUGGAACCACGCAGCUGACAAAGAAGGACAUUCUCUACAGGCUGCAAGUUUCGAAAGCCAACUGCAUUAUUACCAGUGACGACUUGGCCCCAGUCGUAGAUUCCAUCGCAGGUGAAUGCAAGACUCUGAAGUCCAAGUUAAUUGUAUCUGAGGACCCCAGGGAAGGGUGGCUGAACUUAAAAGAGUCGAUGAGACAGGUACCCGAUGAUCACUCCUGUGUGAAAACGAGACACAACGAGGCAAUGACCAUUUACUUUACCAGCGGGACAACUGGAUCUCCAAAAAUGACCGAACAUUCCCACUGCAGUUUUGGCAUCGGAUUAACUGUAAAUGGAAGGUACUGGCUGGAUCUGACCCCUUCAGAUGUGAUGUGGAAUACUUCAGACACGGGCUGGGCGAAGUCUGCUUGGAGCAGUUUCUUUGCCCCGUGGAUUCAAGGAGCCUGUGUGUUUGCACAUUACAUGCCACGUUUCGAGCCUUCCACCAUCUUAGAUACCCUGUCCAGAUUUCCCAUUUCUGUCUUCUGUUCUGCUCCAACUGCAUAUCGAAUGCUUGUGGUGAAUCCACUGGAAAGAAGUUAUAAAUUCAACAGCCUGAAGCACUGUGUGAGUGCAGGGGAACCAAUCAACCCCGAAGUGACUGAGCAGUGGAAAAACAGCACUGGCCUGGAUAUCUACGAGGGCUUUGGGCAGACUGAAACGGUGCUAGUCUGUGGAGUUUUCAAGGGGAUGAAAAUUAAACCUGGCUCUAUGGGAAGGCCUUCUCCAGCUUUCGACGUUCAGAUCGUAGAUAAAAAUGGCAACAUUCUGCCUCCUGGAGAAGAAGGAGACAUUGCCAUCCGAGCUCACCCCCGCAGACCUUUUCUUUUCACCCACUAUGUGGAUGAUCCCCAAAAAACUGCUUCGACCCUACGUGGGGACUUCUAUAUCACUGGGGACAGGGGAUAUAUGGAUGAAGAUGGAUAUUUCUGGUUUCUUGGAAGAACGGAUGAUAUCAUCCUAUCUUCUGGAUACCGAAUUGGACCUUUUGAAGUAGAAAGUGCCCUGAUUGAGCAUCCGGCGGUAAUAGAAUCAGCUGUUGUCAGCAGCCCAGACCCCAUCAGAGGAGAGGUGGUAAAAGCCUUCGUUGUUCUGUCUCCUGAAUACGUGUCACACGAUCCAGAAAAACUGACAAAUGAGCUACAGGAGCAUGUCAAGAAAAGUACCGCACCCUACAAGUAUCCCAGAAAGGUGGAAUUCAUUAAAGAGUUGCCAAAGACCAUAAGUGGAAAGAUAAGAAGAAAUGAACUACGGAAAAGAGAAUGGGGAAGAGUUUAGACUCAUUUUGUAGGUUCUGCCUAGGACUUCAUCUUUUUAGGGCACCUGAAGAAACGAGGUAUUUUUGGAAACCCCAAAUUAUGGCAAGGUGAGAUCGAGAGGCAGUGGCCUGCAAUAUUGGGCUAAAGACUUUACAGAGUUAAAAUGUAUUUUAAAGCAAUACUAGAUAUUGGUAUUUCAAAACAAUAUGGAUUAUUCAAUAACUGCAUUGGCAUUUUAGCAUCCAAAAUGUUCUCAGGGUUCGGUUCGUAACAGUGCUGACAACUGGGAGAAAAAUGAAAUGUAAGAAAAACGAAUGUAUUUUAGGAGUAUGUCUGCAACAAAACUGCUCCUCUCUGCCAAUGAAAGGUUUCGUUCUGCAAUCAUAAACUCUUUAUCUUAAUAUACACUCAUUGUAUACACUGCCUGUACGCUACCUGACCCCAGGUGGCUUCAUUUAUUUUCUUCAUCCCUUCUUUCGGAGUUCUUGGCAUCUGCAAUUGUUUAAUGAAAAGAGCAACCCGAGCGCAAAGCUGAACUACUGAAAUAUUUUCUGUUACUAUUCACUCUGUAAAUCACUGCUUGAAUAUAACUACCAUUUUCUAAUAUUCUGACAAUACGUAAGGUAUUGGGAUUUUAAACUUCAAUUCAGAGAGAGUGAAUGGGUUGCAAUUUAGUCCGGCUCUUUUUGCAUAAAACUGCUAGAUUUUCCUGAUGAAAACCUGGAAAUUGGUCCCGUAACUUUUAGCUUACUAUACAUUAAAGAAGUACAUCAGUCAGUGAGUUACCACCUUUAAAAAAUAAAAAUAAGCACCGUCAUCAGUUAUACGUUUAUUUUAUUAAUAAAAA